AUGAGUAAUGAAUAUUUAUUAGAGGUGGCAGACGCUCCAAGCAUAGUUCAAUCGCAUCAGAAGGAUGAACAGAUUUAUUCCAGCGUGGUUCAGAGACUAGAACAUGUUCUUACGAAUUUUAAAGGUCAAAGUUUUGUCAAUUCUUACUCCAAUGAAAUCUCGAUUGCUUCAAGGGUGCUAUAUUUAGCAUUUACAACAUUGAAAGGUGAUCCUACAUUGGGCGAGGAAUAUACUGACUUGGUUUAUGUGAACAGGACUGGUACUGAUCUGGUUCAGAAAUACAAGAAACUUCUGUUUGUUUUAUCAUAUUCUGUGGGUCCUUACAUAUCAAAAAAACUAUAUACCAAAUGGUCUCUAAGGAAUACUGAUAGUCACAGCAAUGGUGACGCUGGGAAUAGCAGUGGAGAUGCGUCUAUAAGUUAUAAGGAGCUAUUAGAUAAAAUCUCUAGCGUUCAUUUGAUGCUAUUCUAUUUUAGCGGUGCAUAUUAUGAAAUUUCCAAGAGAAUAUUUGGUUUGAGAUAUGCGAUUGGACAUAAGUUGAAUCAAAAUGAGAAAAUGUUUAGAAAGCAGAAUUCCAACAGUCUAAAAAUUUUGGGUUAUAUCUUAUUAAUACAAAGUUUUUCCAAAUCAUUACCUAUCUUAUCACAAUGUGUCAAAACAUUUCUACCACAGCAACAAGAACAACAAUUAAACGAAAAGAAUACUUAUUCUAGUGAGAAUGACCAAAUAGAUACCAUGGCAUUGACAAAAAAUACAAAUCUUAAAGAUUCCAAACAUAUAGAAUUAUCUGACGAAUCUGUUUUCAAGUUUAUACCAGAAGAAUCAAGAAAUUGUAUUUUAUGUUUAAACAGCAUGGUUGAUCCAAGUGCUGCUCCUUGUGGGCACAUAUUCUGCUGGGAUUGUAUUAUUAACUGGUGCAAAGAAAGACCAGAAUGUCCCUUAUGUAGACAAACUUGUAAGAUGCAACAUGUUCUGGCAAUUAAAUGA